AUGUUCCUGGAUCGUCUACGUAGCGCGCGACCCAACAGCGCGUUCGUGGUGGAGUCCUUCGACGUCACUGCCCUCUAUACGAACGUGUCGAAUGACUCCGCUAUGCAAGCCAUAAACGAGCUCCUUAUACAACACGAUGGAGCAAUAAAUAUGUACGACUUCUCGAUUCAGCAGUUGAUGACACUCUUAAAGGAGUGCCUGAACUGCUCAAUCUUCAGAUGGUCCGGGAGGUAUUACGCACAAAUGAGAGGGCCGGUAAUGGGACAACGACUNGCUCCUUAUACAACACGAUGGAGCAAUAAAUAUGUACGACUUCUCGAUUCAGCAGUUGAUGACACUCUUAAAGGAGUGCCUGAACUGCUCAAUCUUCAGAUGGUCCGGGAGGUAUUACGCACAAAUGAGAGGGCCGGUAAUGGGACAACGACUGGCUCCAAGCCUUGCCAUUGCAUUCAUGUCUAA